AUGAAGAUCUUUAUUAUAUUUCUCCUUUUAUUAAUCUCUCCUAUUGAAUUAUUUCGUCACAAUGAUGAAAUUGAUGAUUUAAUUAAUCUUCUAAAUACCGACCACAAUUAUAAGCAUCGUCCAAAUAAACAAAAUUUUUAUGAUCAAAAUGAUGAUGAUGAUGAUGAACAAGAUUCUCCUCUAUUAUAUGAACGUAAAAAAUUUCCACCAUCACGUAAAAAAAUUUUUGAUGAAAACGAUGUUAUUAGUGAAGAAUCUGAAAAUAAUGAUGUAAAAAAUCAAAUAAUUUCAUCGACAACAGCAAGUAAUCAACAUGAUUUAACUGAUACAUUAUCAUGUACUAAUAAAUUUGAUAUUAAACCUGAACAAUUAGUUAAAGUAAAAGAAUUAGAAAAUGGUGCACAUAUGAUACAACAUAUUCUUAUUGAUAAAAGAUUAUUAUCAUUAAAUAUGAAUAUUCGCGAUAGUUGUAUGCUCAAAUGUUGUGAAGAAAAAACUUGCGAUUUAGCUAUGCUUAGCGAACAACCUACUCAUGAUGGUUAUAAAUGUUAUUUAUUUGCUUGCAAUGGUAGUUGUAUAUUAGCAUCACAUCAAGAUUACACUAUUAUGACACCUAAAAAAGAUUCAGCAUUUUAUCCGCAAUCAAUAACGAUAAAUGUUGAUGUGAAAUCAACAUCAACGAUUUCUAAUGUUAUCGUAUCACAGAAAAAAUCAUAUUUUCAUGAAACAGCUGUUAUUAUAUUUCUUGUUUUGGGUCUUCUAUGUACAAUUAUUUUAUUUGUUAUACUCUGUUGUUAUUGUCGAAAAGUACGAACUGGUCGUAGACUAAAAAAUUAUGCUGUUGAUGCUGAUUAUUUAAUCAAUGGACUUUAUCUGUAA